AUGCCGGCCAACGAACGAACACCUCUUGUCGGCGGAAACGAAAACGGCCUUCCCAGCCACAACGGCAGUGGCGGUGAUGGACACUCGCAGCCCAACAUCGUCACCUCGCUCUGGUGGAUCCUGACGUGCUCCUGGAUCAACGUCUUUCUCGUCUUUGUGCCGCUCGGCAUCGUCGCCGAGCACCUGCACUGGCCCGCCAUCUGGAUCUUCUCGCUCAACUUCCUGGCCAUCAUCCCGCUCGCCAAGAUCCUCGGCGAUGCCACCGAGCAGGUGUCGCUGCGUCUGGGUCAGACGCUGGGUGGACUGCUCAAUGCUACGUUCGGCAACGCUGUCGAGCUGAUCGUCGGUAUCGUGGCGCUGAUUCAGGGUCAGUUGAGGAUCGUUCAGACUAGCCUCAUCGGUUCGAUCCUGAGCAACAUCCUGCUGGUGUUGGGUAUGAGCUUUGUCGCCGGUGGACUGUUUAGGAGCGAAAACACGUUCCAGCAGACGGCGGCGCAGGCGAGCGGGUCCAUCAUGACGCUCGGUUGCAUCACGCUGGCCAUUCCGGCGGCGUACCACAUGUCGGUCAAGUCGAGCGCCGCGCUCGCCGGCAACUUUGAAAAGCUCGCUGUCCUCAACACCCCCAUCGUGCACGGAGAGGAGGAUCGCACCGGUCUGCUGUUCAUCUCGCGCGGUACGUCGUUGAUCCUGGUGGGAAUCUACGUGCUGUACCUCGUUUUCCAGCUCAAGACGCACGCAUUCCUCUACGAAGCCGAGGAGGAAGACGACGAGGAAGAGGAGGCCAAGAUGUCCCCUCUCGCCGCUAUGAUCGCGCUCGCCGGCGUGACCGUCCUCACCGCGUUCAACGCCGACUACCUCGUCGGCGCCAUCGACGAAGUCGCCAACGAGUACCACAUCCCCAAAGCCUUCAUCGGAACCAUCCUGCUGCCGAUCGUCGGCAACAUGGCCGAACACCUCACCGCCGUCUGGAUGGCCAGCAAGGGCAAGAUGGAGAUCAGCCUGGGCAUCGCCAUCGGCUCGUCGAUCCAGAUCAGCGUCGGCAUGAUCCCCAUCCUCGUCCUCGUCGGCUGGGCGAUCAAGCAGCCGCUCACGCUGUACUUUGAGACCUUCGAGACGGUGAUCCUUGUCGCGGCGGUGUUUCUGGUCAACACGCUGGUGCAGGAUGGAAAGAGCAAUUAUAUGGAGGGUGCUAUGCUGUGCAGUCUUUAUGCGGUCGCUGCGUUGAGCUUCUGGGUUUCGCCUGGGGCGUAG